AUGGAUGUCGUAAACAGCCGUCGUCCUAAAGUAUCGCCGGAGAUUGAUCCCUCCACACUUUCAAACUACACCAACUUUAAAGUCGGUCCCACCAAGUUGUCGUUUGAUGUUGACUUUGAGAAGAAAAUUGUGAGCGGUAGCGUUGUCUAUGAUCUUGAAAAGUUGACUGCUGUUGACAAUGUUGUUUUGGACACUUCUGUGUUGAAAGUCAAGGCUUGUUCCAUCAACGGAAAGAGCGCCGCUUUUUCGCUCUCUGAUGUUGUGGGUCCUUUGGGCUCUCCGUUGACGAUCGAGGCAGAGACGCCAGAAAAGAAACUCGAGGUGGUUGUUGAUUUCGAGACAACAGAAAAUUGCACGGCAUUACAAUUUUUGGACAAGGAAGCCACUGAUGGUAAAAGUUCUCCUUACUUGUUUUCCCAAUGUCAAGCCAUCCACGCCAGAAGUUUGUUCCCAUGUUUCGACACGCCAGCUGUCAAAACCGCUUAUAAGUUUACUGCCACUUCUCCACUUCCUGUGAUCAUGGGUGGAAGACCAGUGUCUGUUGAGGGCAAGGUUUACACAUUUGAUCAACCAAUACCAAUCCCAUCCUACUUGGUCGCAAUUGCCUCUGGUGAUAUUACAAAGUUGCCAAUUGGUCCUAGAUCUCACGUGUACUGUGAGGGCGUCAAGGUGAAAGCUUGUCAGCACGAAUUUGAAGCUGACAUGGAGAACUUUCUUCAAGCAGCUGAAAAGUUGGUGUUCAACUACGAGUGGGACCAGUACGACGCUCUUGUUUUGCCACUGAGUUUUCCUUAUGGUGGUAUGGAGAAUCCUAAUGCCACAUUUGUCACUCCUACUUUGAUUAGUGGAGACCGCGAGAAUGUGGAUGUCAUUGCUCACGAACUUGCUCACUCGUGGUCAGGUAAUUUGGUCACCAACUGCUCGUGGGAACACUUUUGGCUCAAUGAAGGUUGGACCGUUUACUUGGAAAGAAGAAUCCAAGGCAGUAUUCACGGCGAAGCUACAAGACAUUUUUCAGCCAUCAUCGGGUGGUCGGACUUGGAAAACUCCAUCAAGGCAAUGGGCGACAGUGCCGAGAGAUAUUCCACGUUGGUUCAAGAUUUGAAAGAUCGCAGCGACCCGGACGACGCGUUUUCCACGGUGCCUUAUGAAAAGGGAUUCAACUUGUUGUUCCAUAUUGAGCAGACCGUGGGCGGAAAAGAGGUGUUUGAUGCCUUCAUUCCUCACUAUUUCAAAACUUUCAGAUACAAGUCGCUCGACACCUACCAGUUCCUCGACACAUUGUACGCAUUUUUCGCUGACAAGAAAAAGGAGUUGGACUCCAUUGAUUGGGACACUUGGUUGUACAAGCCCGGAAUGCCACCAAUCAAGCCCGCUUUCGACACUACCUUAGUUGACCAGUGCUACAGCUUGGCUGACAAAUGGUUCAACGCCGUUAGCAAGUCCUCUUCCACCAACUUGCAUUCUGUAUUCAAGCCAAGUGACAUUGUCGACUUCACUUCCAACCAGUCUGUGGUGUUUUUGGACACCAUCACAUCAUACAACAAGUUGCCCGACUUCAAGUGGGCUAAUCAUGUGGAUGCAUUGAAAGCCAUGAGCGAGAUUUACGCGGCGUACUCUACAUCGUCAAACGCCGAAGUGUUGUUCCGCUGGUUUGUUGUGCAAGUGGGUGGCCAUAAUACAUCGUACUACGACAAGUUGGGACAAUGGCUUGGAACCGUGGGCAGAAUGAAGUUUGUCAGACCAGGCUAUGUGUUAUUGAACACAGUCGACCACGACCUCGCCAUCAAAUACUUCACCAAGUUCGAGGCUACCUACCAUCCAAUUUGCAAAGCCAUGGUUCGGAAAGAUUUGGGUUUGGCAUGA